AUGGAGCGAGCACUGCAAGCGCACAUCACAUUGGUGGCAGGGAACCCGACGUCUCCUACAACAGGUCCGAUCACCUGGGAUUCCUUCCAGGAAGAAUUCUACAAGAAGUACUUCCCAAAUUCUGCCAAGACGGCCAAGGAACUUGAGUUGCUGCAGCUGAAGCAAGGAACAAUGUCUGUAUCUGAGUACACGGACAAGUUUAAGGAGCUGUUCAGAGAGAGGGAGUCAGAGGGGACAUUCCCACAGAACCGAGGGAAGAGUUUUGCUCCUAAAGGACCUCCUUUCAAGCAGGGAGGCUUCGCACCACAGAGGACUCAGGGUCAGAAUAAUUUCAGAAGGCCCAACAACAACAACAAUGCUUCGGGGAGGAGAUUUGGGAAGCAGCCUCUGAAUGAGCAAGCUUGUACCAGAUGUGGGAGUUACCAUCUUAGUGUUCCGUGCAAGGCUGGAUGGGGAUUGUGCUACUCAUGUGGUAAGCCGGGGCAUAAAGCCUCCAAUUGUCCAGAGAAUCAGAAACAGGGUGCUGGGAGAGCACAACAGCCUGGUCGGGUGUUUACUACUUCAGCUGUGGGUGCCAAGGGGUCCGAGGCACUUAUCCGAGGUAAAUGCGAAAUGACUGGUCAAAUUUUAAAUGCCUUAUUUGAUUCUGGAGCGUCACAUUCAUUCAUCGCAUUUGAAAAGGCUAGUGAGUUUGGAUUGAAGAUUGUGGUUUUAGGUUAUAACCUAAAGGUGUAUAAUCUUACCCAUGAAGCCAUGGUAACUAGGCUAGGAUAUCCGCAAGUUUUGUUUAGGGUCAAGCUGCGUAAUUUUGUACAUGAUUUAAUUUGCUUGCCGAUGACUGGUCUUGAUCUUAUCUUGGGGUUGGACUGGUUAUCUAAGAACUAUGUUUUGCUCGACUGUUCUGCAAAAUCAGUGUACUUUAUGUCGGAAGAUACAGAAGGGCCGGUUGUGGUGAAUAACUAUUACUUGAAUUCUAUGAUGAUGAGUUGUUCUGGGGCCGAAUGCCAGGGUAUUUUGUUGUUAACCACAGGUGUCUCGGGUGAUGAUCAAAGCUUGGAACAAAUUCCGGUUGUGUGUGAAUUUUUGGAGGUUUUUCCCGACGAUAUUGAUGAAUUCCCAUCUAAUCGAGAGGUUGAGUUUACUAUUGAGUUGGUACCUGGAACGGCGCCAAUCUCGAUUGCCCCUUACCGAAUGUCGCCUUUGGAAAUGGCCGAGCUAAAGCAACUGAACAAGGUCACAAUAAAGAAUAAGUAUCCACUGCCGAGAAUUGACGAUCUCAUGGAUCAGUUACAAGGACCCGGAGUUUUCUCCAAGAUUGAUUUGAGAUCCGGUUAUCACCAGAUAAGGGUGAGAGAUGAGGAUAUUCCUAAGACCGCUUUCAGGAAUCGUUAUGAUUAUUACGAGUACACUGUAAUGUCUUUUGGGUUAACAAACGCUCCUGCAAUGUUUAUGGACUAUAUGAACAUAAUCUUCUACCCGUUUUUGGAUAAAUUUGUUGUUAUCUUCAUUGAUGACAUACUGGAAAAGAAGCUCUAUGCGAAACUAUCUAAAUGCGAGUUCUGGAAGAGUGAGGUGAAGUUUCUGGGUCACGUAGUCAGUAAACAAGGGAUAGCAGUAGAUCCUGCCAAAGUGGAAGCAGUGAUGGAGUGGAAGGGACCGACCUCAGUUACUGAGAUAAGGAGUUUUUUGGGAUUAGCUGGCUACUAUCAGAGGUUCAUCAAAGGUUUCUUGCAAUUGGCUUUUCCAUUGACAAAGUUAACCCGCAAGGACGCGCCAUUUGUUUGGACUUCUGAGUGUGAGGAGAGCUUCCAAGUGUUGAAGGAAAAGUUGACUACCAUGCCUCACCAGAAUGUAGUGGCUCAUGCCUCACGACAGUUGAGACCUCACGAAGUUAAUUACCCAACGCACGACUUGGAAUUCGCUGCAGUUGUAUUUGCACUAAAGGUGUGGAGGCAUUACCUCUAUGGGGUGAAGUUCCAAGUUUUCUCUAAUUACAAGAGCUUGAAAUACCUCUUUGAUCAGAAAGAACUUAAUAUGCGGCAGAGGAGGGAAGGCGAAUGUUGUGGCGGAUGCGCUGAGUCAGAAAUCGCUAUCUCAAGUGACUUCAAAUCCGAACUCCUAAAGGCUCAUCAAAAUGAUGACGUGUUAUCGAAGGUGUUGCCAGCUAUUGGGCAAGGGAAGCAGUGGAGAGUAUCAGAGGAUCAAGAUGGGCUAUGGAGAUUUAAGGGUAGGAUCAUUGUGCCAGAUUUUGGGACUUUGUGA